AUGGCAGGCUCACUGCCAGCCGCUGGGCCGGCCAUAGCUAAGCUGGUGGAUUCUGGAUACUCCAAGCAAGAGGGCGAGCUGCCUAUCGAUAUCAACUACCAGAAGCUGGCAGAAUGGCUGGUAACGCGCAAGAAGAUGGCGUCUGACUGGCACAAGCGCGUGGCGGCCAUCCAGGCCAAGGUGGCGGAGGCCGCGAAGGUCCUGCCCCCCGGCCUCCUGGCCUCGCUGCCGGGCGGCGCCGACGCCCCCAUCGACUACUUCCGGGCGGUCAUGAUCCGCGACAGGCUGGCGGAGGGCGGGGAGCGCACGCUGUUUGGCGGGCUGGCGGGGGCGGCGGGGCUGUGGGACAGCAUCGUGAAGGCCUACGAGAAGCAGAACGUGUUCAUGGGUGAGGCUGCCUCCAGCAUGGUGUCCAAUGUGGACUACGAGCUGCCAUACCUGCGCAAACAGACCACACGGUACGUCCAGCUGAUAGCUGAUGGGGAGCGCAAGGCGGGGGAGUACGUGAAGGGUGCAGCCACCGCAGCCAACAACUUCAAGCAGGAGUGUGCGCGCCUGGGCAUCCAGGGAGUCAACGUGCGCUCAGAGCUGUUGCAGCUGGGCCAGCAGCUUCCUGCCAGAUUCCGGGCCAUCGUGGAGGAGCUGAGGGGGCAGCAGCUGGGGGCCGCAGUGGACUACUACGCGGCCUUCAUCUCAUAUGCACACACACCAGAGGGCGGCGCCAAGCCAGCCGCUGACGUGCUGCCGACCCUCACAGAGAUACGUGAGGGGCGCACCGCGCCACCGGAGGACGGGGACGCACAGGCGGCCAGCACAGCGGCUGAGGGCGGCAGCGGUGGGCACGCCGGCGGCGCGGUUGAGAUUGACUGGGAUGCGGCGCUGGCCGGCGGCGGCGGCGGCGAGGACGGAGCUGUGGGGGUGGAGGGGGCGGCUGUGGGAGCGGGUGGCAUUGACUGGGACCUGGACCUGUCAGACCUGGUGGUGGCGGCAGACGGCGGCGGCGAGGGGCAGGGGGAGGGGGAGGCCGAGGAUCAGGGGGCAGGCGCGGCCGCGGCGGAGGUUGCCAACGGUGGCCCCUCCAUCAGUUGGGACAUUGAGCUCACUGAGGCCGCAGCGGAGGACGCCGCCGCAGCAGCAGCGCCAGCACUAGGCACAACCACUGCCGCCCCGGGGCCCUCGGAGGCUGCCGGCCCCUCCGCGCAUGGGGAGGGCGGGGAGGCGGCGGAGGACGCGUCGGUGCUGCGGCUGGCUGCGUCUGGCGAGUACCGCGCUCUGCUGCUGGACGACCUCCACGAGGCCAGGGCAUUCCUCAGGCAGCGCGCGGCAGAGCUCGGAGGGGGCGGCGGGGGCGGCGGCGGCGGGGGCGGCGCGGACCUCCUCAACGCGCUGCUGCCGCCGGCGAUCGCGGCCGUCGACGCGCGUGGGGCGGGGCGGCUGCUGGCGGCGGUGGAGGGAGCCCUGGCGGCGCUGAACGACGCGGGGCUGCGGCAGCUGCUGCUGAUUGGUGGCAGUGCGCGCUACCUGGACCGGCUGGCGCGGGAGCUGGCGCGCAAGGCGGGGCAGGAGGCCAAGCUGCUGGCCGCGGCGCGAGAGGCGGACGCGCGCCGCCACGAGAGCCGGGCGGCCAUGGCGGCGCUGGCGCCGCGCGCGUCGGCGCUGGCAGAGCGGACGCGGGCGGCGCAGCGCGCGGUGGAGGGGGCGCUCUCGGCUCAGCUGGGGCGGCGUGUCAACGUGCUGGGGGAGAUCAACAAUGCGCUCGCUGCUGCAUCUGCGGCAGCAAAGCAGCAACAUCAGCCGCAAUAG